AUGAGGAGUGGCAGUUCGGAAUUACUACUCGAGCAGCAACAACAAGAGUUACGGUUACGUAAAAUCCGAGAACUGGCUCCAAAAAAGAAAAAUGGCAAUCGGCGCUUUCGUUCGUGGCGCGAACGUGCGCGUUUCUACAGCACCUCAACACUGGCCUUCUUCUCGGUGACGGCCGGUGCGUCGCUGCUGUUCCUCGUGCCCCUGUAUGUUGAUCCGGCAAUAUCGACGCUGAGCCACGACUUCAUCGAGAAUCCGACUCUGUGCACAACGACGCGUCGCGAAGAUCUCGUCGGUAUAUUCAAUUGCUCGUGGAGUUCGUGUCGCGAGGGCUGUACCUCCGAUCUGUAUCGCUGUGUGCACAUUUAUGUGACAUUCAUUGAGCAGAACAUAACGAUUCCGGAGAACAUGACCGACUUUAGCAAUUACACCGCCGAAUGGGAGCAGUCCGAUGAGGCCACCCUCCUGGUCAACAUCAAGGGCUGCGGCUAUCCACCGACGGUCACGUGCAAGAAUUUCAAUGCCUACUAUGGCAUUGAGGGUGCUAUCUAUCCGUGUUUCUAUUCACGAAAGAACAAGACCGUCGUGCUGACCUCCUACAAUCACGACGAUCAGGUCGCAGUGAUCAUCCAUUUUUUUGCCGUGCCCUUUGUGAUAACGGUCAUCUCGUCAAUCGCACUCUGUAUCAUGCACUGCGAUUGCCGUUGUAAAAAGGAUCGCAGCCAUCGACGGAAUCGGCCGCAAUGCAGACGGCCCCGCAUUGAGAAUCUCAGUGACACUUCGAUAUCAACGCGCGUAGAUAUGCUAACGCCAGCUAUUGAAGUCUACAAGCCGCCUCUCUGACACAAAGAUGACACUGUGGAGAGCAAUUUAGGGAAUCCAUCGACCAGUAGUGACUUCUAGCACCAGCUAAUGACCACUGCAGAUCUAACCACGGAUAAUCUAUUUGUUCUUCCAUCAUAGUGUCAAUCAAGGGCAACAUACUAAAAAGUAAAGCAAACCUAAAGAAACCAGAGGGCAUUGACGAGAUCGGCCUAACAACUGACCACCAACUGGCCAUGCAUCCAAAUACAUACAGAGAGGAGAGCAGGAACACAGGCAACGCCACAUGGACGUUGAAGCUUAACAACAUAACUAAACCCAAACAACCGAAAACCACAAUAUAACAUAAUUGAUCCAACUGAAUAAUUCCUAAGAUUGAUUAAAUUUAGUUACUUUUUAGCGUAAAUGAUUUUUAAACGUAGCUGUGUGGCGGCAACUGGCAACAAAAUAAAAGAAUUUAGUCUAAGAGUAGGGUAUUCAAAAUAG